UGUCACGCGUGUCCUGAGCUUUUAUGACUGUGCACCGUCCUGCGCGCUGCUGGAAACCUUUGAGUCUUCAAACUCAGUUUGCUUUGAAUCAUCUUUAUCGUGCUGACCUGAGCCGGUACAGUCUGGAGAUUUACAGCUUUGCUUCUUUUUCAUUCCUUCCAUGUUUGACUUCCUGUUUAUUUAUUUUAAUAUUAACAGUGUUUCCGUGGUGUGCGCGCGUGCUCGUCUGUGUGACUUUGUUUUAUGUCGGAUCAGCGCUUAAAGGCUUUCAGCAAACCAAAGAGCGAGCCGUUAUAGAUCCGGACACUUUCUUCGGAAUCUGCUUUUAUAAACACCAUAAAAUGAAGUACUUUCCCCCCUUUUUCUUUUCAAGUAAAUAUAAAAUUGUCAAAACUGACCUGUAACACCACAGAUGUUGCUGUAGUUCAUAACAUUAAAACGAAAAAUAAAUAAAACAAAUGUAUUUUACAGACAUAUUGAAAUACAUCUCAGUAAUAUUGAGGUAACAUAACAACAUUUAUUUUUUUAUAGAAUUGUCUUGAUGUUCAGUUUACCUUUUUUGUUUUGAAUGUAAAAAGAAAAAUAGUAAACCAGUAUAACCAGUAUAAACCAGCUAUAUAAAUACAACGAAACUGAACUGAAUUACUGUUGAGUGCAUGUAGCUCAGAUUUCAUUUGCUGCAGUGAGAAACCAGAAGUUUCUCACUGAAAACACAUCACUGUGCAAAGAACAAAGAACAGCUUCAUGAUGGUUUAUUUCAAGCCAAGUUUGACUCGCUACUUCAUCAGUAAAAAGUUGUUUGCAUUUAUGACACGAUGCCUGUAAUACACCUGAGGUUUGGCUGCUAAAUCUAUUUGUUUAACUGGUUAGCAGCUGCAUGCAUAGAGCACACAUUUGCAAAGUACCACAAUCCCAGAAUUUCCCUCCGUGAUGCUCUGUGGGCUCUCCCCACUGUGUGGAUCCUUCACAGAAAGCUGCUCUCCAGGAUGUUUGACUCUGUAGCUGUUGUUGUUAUUUGCUUACAGCAUGCAGAGGUGGAACAGCUGCUGUCUGUGAGCCCGACACCAUGUAAUCCUGCAGACAUGUUAACUGCAGGCCUCGUGGUCGGACUGCUCGGUGCCCUCAUCUCGGGUCAGCGAGCGGAGCUCCUCGGUGCCACUGUUGGAGGCUCUGUGCUGGUUACCUGUAAACUCCCAGUUCCAACAAGUCCAAAGUGGUUUUACUGGCAGGAGGACGGGACUGAAAACAUUUUGAUUCAUUGUGAACAAACGUGUCAACAAACAACAUCUGAAGUCUACAGGAACAGAGUUACAGUCUUUGCUUCUGAGUUUGGAUCGGGGAACAUCUCCAUUAAACUUCACAGUGUUACAGCUGCAGACGACCAGAAGUCGUUCUGGGUCAUGGCUUCCUUCAAAGACAGACGUGAGCGCCGCUGCAACUCAACACUGCAGGUUUCAGCUUCCUACAGAGAUAUAAACCUGACCAUUGACACAGCAGACACUGUGACCUGCACAGCGCGUGGAGGAUACCCUGAAUCCAGCGUGUCAUGGUCGGGUCAAAACACGACCGGUGGUGAAUAUGUGGACCUGCAUGAAUACAAACCGACCCACGAGAGGGACGCAAAGGAUGGAACCUUCACUGUCAGGAGCUCCGUCAGUGUGAAGGAGCUGGUGUCGGUGACCUGCCGCAUCACCAACCCUCGCUCCAACCAAAGCAUCAACACCACCACAAAGAUAGACAGAGAUGGUGCUGGUCCAGACACAAAUCCAGGAGUGCACGCAUUCAUACGUCUAGUUUCUGUCUCAGUAGCAUUAGUAGCUGGAUUAGCAGUAGGCACAUACAUCUGCUACAAGAAACGCUGCAAAUCUGGCGAUGAAUCCAACGGACAACUGAAUGGAGAACAGCCAGGAGGUGAAAACCAUGCAGACCAACAAAUGGAGCUCCAAGAAGAAUCUCAAGAGGCAGCAAAUGAAGGGAGCAGAGACGACGAGGAUCCACAGGAUGAAGAUGAGUGGGGAGAUGCACAUCGAGACAACGUGGACCAAAACCUUCUAGAUGGAGCAGAAAACCAGGAGCACCGCCCUGCAGGUGGUGCAGAGCAAGGCGGAGGCAGCGUGCACGCAAACACUGACUAAACUGAGGAUGGAUUCAUUGUUCGACUGCACUCACACACGCUGUGAACAGGACGACGGCUGUGCGGCCGACACACCAGAGGCGUCGGCAGAGUCGUUUCCUGAAGAGUUUAAACCUUUUUAUUUGCACAGUUCAGUUUAAAAUGACCUGUUAUUGGCUCGUUCUUAGUGCCAACGAGUUCUUCUCCAGGCGGACUCAGUGAAACCUACAGUAAAACCAAUGAACGAUGCAGGGAGCUAAAAUGUUCUGUUUGAGCUCUGCUUUUGCCUCAAGACGCCGAGAAGGAUGAAACGAUCAAAUGAACCGUGAGCCGGUGAAGCUGCUGUGACUGACUGAGCUCAGCUUUCCUCGAGCAACAAAACAAGGAUUUCGCGUCUUUACUGUUUCCCAGCUGAACAGGGUCCGAUCAGCUGCACCGUUUUCUUGUUUGUCACUUUAUUUAAAGAUUCUGAACUGUAAGAGUCUACAAUCCAGAAUUUCAUAACUUAAUGCUGUUUUAGAUGUUAGCUGACAUCUGCUGUAUGCUGUAAAUACAGAUUAUAGGAGGCUGAAUCCAUCUUUGCUGUGUGAGAAUGAGGAGCAGUGAUGACUAAUAAUGAUGACGAUGAUUCAGCAGCAUGUGAAUGGAGUGUUGCUAUGAACAUGUUCACAACAGUUUUACUCCUUUACUUCAUCUUUUAUAUAUUUAUUUAUGCAUUUUAA